GCGGUUUCUAGCCUCGAGAGAGAGGGCCGUGUCUGUGGAGGCGCUUGUUCUGCACCCAAGGCGGGCGACCCAGAGGUCGGACUUAGAACCCGGGCGCCGUAUCCUGGACUGCUGAAGUGCACGUCUAUGAAGAAACAAAAGGAGGAAAGAAUGACUGUCACACAUUCAAAAGCAAAGUUCAAGCUCUGCUUUUUCCAUAUUCUGCACCACUGUAAGAUAGGAACCCAGAAGAGGAAUGGUCAUUUCUUGCAGCUCUAAAAAUCAUGUCUCAGAGAUCAGUGAUGUUCAGGGAUGUUGCAAUUGACUUCUCUCAGGAAGAGUGGGAAUGCCUGGACUCUGCCCAAAGGGAUUUGUAUAGAGAUGUGAUGUUGGAGAACUAUAGCAACUUGGUAUCCCUAGACCUGCCUUCAAGGUGUUCAAAUAAGGACUUAUCUCCAGAAAAGGAAACUGGUAAAACAGAAUUUUCUCAAUGGGAAAUGAAUGAUAGGCUUGAAAAUUGUGAGCUUGAGGAGACCAAUUCCAGAGAUUGUUUUAAAGUCAAAGGCAAGUUGGAGAAGCAACAGGAAAAUCAGAAGGACUAUUUCAGGCAGGGGAUGAUUACAUAUGACAAAAUGUCCAUUUUCAACCAUCAUACCUACCUAUCUCAACAUCCAAGAUGUCAUUCUACAGAAAAACCCUAUAAAUGUAAGGAGUGUGGGAAAGCCUUCAGACGAGCCUCACACCUAACUCAACAUCAGAGUAUUCAUACUGGUGAAAAACCCUACGAAUGUAAGCAAUGUGGAAAGGCCUUUAGUCGUGAUUCUCAGCUCAGUCUUCAUCAGAGACUUCAUACUGGUGAGAAACCCUAUGCAUGCAAGGAAUGUGGGAAGGCCUUUACUCAAAGCUCACAACUUAUUUUACAUCAUAGAAUUCAUACUGGUGAAAAACCAUAUAAAUGUGAAGAAUGUGGGAAGGCCUUUAUUCGUAGCUCACAGCUCACCCGACAUCAGAAAGUCCAUACUGGUGAGAAACCUUAUGAAUGUAAAGAAUGUGGGAAGGCCUUUACUCAGAAUUCACAACUUACUCUGCACCAGAGACUUCAUACGGGUGAAAAGCUGUAUGAAUGUAAAGAGUGUAGAAAGGUUUUUACUCAGCUUUCACAACUUAUUCUACAUAGAAGAAUUCAUACAGGUGAGAAACCCUAUGAAUGUAAGGAAUGUGGGAAAGCUUUUAUUUGCGGUUCACAGCUUUCCCAGCAUCAGAAAAUUCAUAAUGGGGAAAAGCCAUAUGAGUGUAAGGAAUGUGGAAAGGCCUUUAUUCGGGGCUCUCUGCUUAUGCAACAUCAAAGGAUACAUACUGGGGAAAAACCUUAUAAGUGUGAAGAAUGUGGGAAGGCCUUUAUCCGUGGUUCACAGCUUACUCAACACCAGAGAAUUCAUACUAAUGAAAAGCCCUAUGAAUGUAAGGAAUGUGGAAAGACCUUUAGUCAUGGCUCACAACUUACUCAACAUCAGAGAAUUCAUACUGGUGAGAAACCCUAUCAGUGUAAAGAAUGUGGAAAGGCCUUUAAUCGUGGCUCACUCCUUACUCGACAUCAGAGGAUUCAUACUGGUGAAAAACCCUAUGAAUGUAAAGAGUGUGGAAAAAACUUCAGUCGUGGCUCAGAACUUACUCAACAUGAGAGAAUUCACACUGGUGAGAAACCCUAUGAAUGUAAGGAAUGUGGAAAAUCUUUUAUUCGUGGCUCACAACUUACUCAGCAUCAAAGAAUCCAUACUGGUGAGAAACCUUACGAAUGUAAAGAAUGCAGAAUGGCCUUUACUCAGAGUUCACAUCUUUCACAACAUCAGAGACUUCAUACUGGUGAGAAACCCUAUGUAUGUAGUGAAUGUGGGAAGGCCUUUGCUCGUGGCUUACUACUUAUACAACAUCAGAGAAUUCAUACUGGUGAGAAACCCUAUCAGUGUAAGGAAUGUGGGAAGGCCUUUAUUCGUGGUUCGCAGCUUACUCAACAUCAGCGGAUUCACACUGGAGAAAAACCCUAUGAGUGCAAGGAAUGUGGGAAAGCCUUUAGUCAUGGCUCUCAACUCACUCUACAUCAAAGAAUCCAUACUGGUGAGAAACCCUACGAAUGCAAAGAAUGUAGGAAGGCCUUUACUCAGAGCUCACAUCUUUCUCGACAUCAGAGAAUUCAUACUGGUGAGAAACCCUAUCAGUGUAAAGAAUGUGGAAAGUCCUUUACUCGUGGUUCACAACUAACUCAACAUCAGAAAAUUCAUGUCAAUGAAAAAUCUUUUGAUUAUAAGGAGUGUGGAAUAGACUUUAGUCAUGAUUCACAAGUUUUUAUGUGAAUUAUCUUAUUCUUUGUGAUCACAUACAUGGCAUUACUUGUUUAUCCAUUAUCAGUACAAAAGUCUUACAAAUGUGAACUGGGGACAGAGUCUCAUAAAGUUCAGCAUUGAAGAAUUUAGAUGGGGCAAUGAAAAUGUUAAUGUGGUCCAUGUAUAAAAUAAACUUUUAUUACUGGAACCCUAGUAAACUUUAGCAACUUAAAAUAAGAAAUAAUUCUGUUACUGUAGUAAAUGUAGGAAAGCUUUUAGCCAUAGCAAAUCUUUUUCAAUAUACUCUUGGCUCUUCUCAUUUAUUUCCUUUGUGACAUUUGUCAUAAAAGACCUUUAAUUUGAUUUAAUCAUUUGUAAGGUAGACUUUAGAAUAAUACCCUUUUUGUAAGAUUCUUGAAAGUAUUAUGUUAUUACAUGUAAAAGCUCUUAGAACAGUGCCUUGAACAUAGCAUAUCAUGAAUUUUAGGUACUAUUUGCAUUUUUCUUAUUUUAGAGGAUUUGCAUGCGAGGAGGGCAUUUAUGAGUGUUAUUAGUAUCAAGAACUCUUUCAUUAACAUUUAUCCCAGGUUAUUUGGGGGGUGGCACUAUAUGCUGUCAUGAGACACUUUCAAUAUUUUAAGAAAAUAUUGGUAUCAGUGGAUUAUUAAGAAAACCUAUUACAGAAUUUAGGACAAGGGUGAAGUGAUUUGUCUUAAAGUCUACAUAUUUGUAUUUUUCACCAUCUCUGAUAAUUCAACAAUAUUAUUUAGAAAUCAAAAAAAAUAGCCAGAAUAAAUCUAUAAAACUUUUAAAAACUUAAAUAUACUUUUCAGUUAAACUGAAAAUAAAAAUUGACAUGAACAGAUAUAUAUUAAGAUGAAAAAAAAAAGAUGAAUUUGUAUCAAAGACUUAUUUGCUUUCCCAAUAUCAACUUUCUCUUCCUUAGUAAUAAAUCCUGGGCUGAAAAUCUAUGUUAGUCACCCUUGCAAGUCAGCAAGAUGGAAGUGGUCAUUCUGUGUCUAGGACAUUUAUGAAAUUCUUUUUUCCUCUCUGUUUCUUCUUUUUCCUCCCUACAAUAUAGACAUCUAAGCUGAAGCUCUGACAGUCUCAUGGGGACUUUGAGGAUAUCUGGGUGUUAUGUAUGAUGGAUCAAAAAUACUGAAGGAGCCUGAAACCCUGAUGAUUGUGUGGAACAGUCACACCCUCUGUGGUCUUCCUGCCUCCUAUGAUUCUUUAUAUAAAAUUAAAGUAAACCUGUUAUUUGUU